AUGGUUGGUUAUCUACCGGCCUGUGUUAUCGACAAUGGAACUGGCUACACAAAAUUAGGUUAUGCUGGUAACUGUGAACCUCAGUUUAUCAUUCCGUCAGCUAUUGCUGUGAAGGAUAAAAUAGCCAGCUCAAAUGCAGCUGCUUUGCGUUGGAAUACUUCUACAGGAGGUAGAAUUGAUGAUCUCGAUUUUUUCAUCGGGGAUGAGGCACUCUCUCCAGCUGCAGCCAACUACUCCGCGAAGUAUCCUAUUCGUCAUGGAAUUGUCGAAGAUUGGGAUUUGAUGGAAAGGUUUUGGGAACAAUGCAUAUUCAAGUACUUGAGGGCCGAACCGGAAGACCACUUUUUCUUGUUGACGGAACCUCCUCUAAACACGCCAGAAAAUCGGGAAUACACGGCGGAAAUAAUGUUUGAGUCAUUUAAUGUUCCAGGGCUCUACAUCGCUGUGCAAGCAGUCUUGGCAUUAGCUGCCAGCUGGUCUUCACGAGCGGGAAAUGAACGACCUCUGACUGGAUUGGUAGUAGAUUCUGGUGAUGGAGUGACCCACUGUAUCCCAGUUGCUGAAGGUUACGUGAUAGGAUCGUGCAUAAAACAUAUACCAAUUGCUGGACGAGAUAUCACUUACUUUAUCCAGCAAAUUCUGAGGGAUCGAGAACCUGCUAUACCUUCGGAUCAAUCUUACGAAGUUGCAAAAGCUAUCAAGGAACGGUAUUGCUAUGUGUGUCCUGACAUUCUAAAGGAAUUCAUAAAGUACGAUACGGACGGAGCAAAAUGGUUGAAGACUUAUCACGGGAUUAAUAAUAUAACCAAGAAGGAAUUUGUUGUUGACGUAGGAUAUGAACGAUUUCUAGGACCGGAGAUCUUUUUCCAUCCCGAGUUCGCUAAUCCUGACUUCACAACUCCUAUUUCGGAAACCAUCGACACCGUUAUCCAGCAGUGUCCAAUUGAUGUACGCAGAGGACUGUACGAAAAUAUAGUUCUUUCUGGAGGCUCUACUAUGUUUAAAGAUUUCGCGCGAAAGCUUCAGAGGGACAUAAAACGAAUCAGUGAAAACAGGCUUGCGAUAAGUGAAGCGCUCAGUGGUGGAAAACUUAAGCCCAAACCGAUCGAUGUCCAGGUGAUAUCCCAUAAAAUGCAACGAUAUGCUGUUUGGUUCGGAGGUUCAAUGUUGGCUUCUACUCCUGAAUUCUACAAGGUUUCACAUACUAAAGAGGAAUACAUGGAAAGAGGUCCAUCGAUAUGUCGACAUAACCCCGUCUUCGGGGCACUUAGUUAA